AUGGCAUUUGGCCUGCUGCUGUUGUUGCAGGACUCUAUUGAGGGCAUCAUCCGAAGCUAUACGCCCAGCACCAAGCUCCUCGGCGCAGUGAAUCGCCAGGGUGUCACCUGCUACUUAGACGCACUACUGUUCGCUAUGUUUGCGCGUCUUGACAGCUUCGAAGGCAUUUUGUACAAAACAUUCAGCGACGAACCUCGUCGGAAGCUCAUCAUUGUCUUGAGAUUAUGGACAGAGUAUCUGCAAGGUGCGCUUGCUGAAUGUGGCUGGGAGGAUGCAGCCAAAUUGCAACAGCAAGAUGCCUCUGAAGCUUUUACCUUUAUCACGGGGAAGCUCGAACUGCCUCUUCUGACCUUAAAGAUGGAUAUCUAUCACACAGGGAAGGAAGAUGAGAGCGGCGAUCACAAAUUCGUCAAUGAGAGACUCCUCGAGGUUGCUAUACCACCUGAGCCUACUGGUGGCCGGAAUCUCACUCUGGAGGAUUGCCUGGAGGCUUACUUCAACAACAAGAUUGAAGUAAAACGGUACUUGGAGCGGCGUAACACUCUCAGCUCCACCAAAUCCAUGGAUUCUCUCUCCAUUUCGAAAGGCUUCACGGCCCAUGUGGAGGUUGUUGAGGCUGAUGCUACUCCUACGCUGUCGCCAGUUCCUUCCAAUUCUCCACAGGUCGAAAAUGUGACUCCAUGGUCCUCAUUCGCCGAGUUCAGCGAAACCCUACGAUCAUCCACAAGCCUUCCCCGGCGUAAUAGUAUUGUUCGAGAGCGCUUUAUUCCUGACUCAAGUGGGGAAAGCUCUGUUGAAAAUGAUGCUGCCACCUCAGAGGCUGAAGGACGGAAGGGUAUCUACCGGAAAGAGGUUAUGAUGCCUGCAUGGCAAUUUUUCAGCCUUAUUCCAUGGUACACCGAUAACACGCCAACUAAUGAUGCCCAGGUUGCGGCGCACUUCACCUCGAAAAGGCCGGUUCUGGGAUUGUGUCUGAAACGCUACAGCGUCCUCCCCAAUGGAAAGGCUGUGAGACUCAACACCUACGUCGACAUCCCGACGGAGAUUGGGCUGCCUCACUUUAUCCAGGAUGAUAACCUGGAUGCCAAUGCUUCCAUCUAUGGGAAUUUCAAGCUCUCUCUGCAGUCUCUGGUCUGUCACCGGGGGAACUCAGUUGACUCUGGGCACUAUAUUGCCAUUGUUCGAGGCACGAGUGCCAACCCUGCCCCGCCUAGCUCUAGUGGCUCAGAUCGCCAGACGCCGGAGCCAUCGCGCUACUGGAUGCGCUUUGACGACUUGGCCGCUGAGCGAGUGACCCUGGUGGACAUCGACCAGGCCCUCAAGACAGAGUCACCCUACCUUCUUUUCUACCAGAUCCUCCCCAUCGAUCAAGAUGCAGCGGUCGCCAACCUCCCAGCCACCGCGCCGUCCUCCCGAGCCUCAGAUAUGGCUCUGGAACUUGACCUGGCUGGCCUCUCCCAUCAGUUGGGUGCGCUUUCGACAAACCAGGCAGAUGACAGCAAUGCUGAGGAUCCAGCUUCUGGCCGGCCCAGCCUUGAAGUCACCGGGCCCGACGAUCCAGGUGCCCAUAUGACGAACAAUCCAGGGAGACGGCCCAGUGUGACAUUUUCCGAAACCGGUCACACCGGUGGACUUCAGCCGCGUUCCGUCCCGUCCUUCUCGCCCCAACUGAUGCCCCUGGAAGUGGAAGGCGCUCGAGGGCCAUUUCCAUUCUCUCGGCGCGGGUCCAGAGCCACGAAGAGUAACUCUGGCAGCCGUACCAACAGCCAGUCUGGCGAGAAUCGAAUUAGUGCCACUUUCUCUCGCUUUGCUGGGCGGCUCAGCAAAGACCGCAUCGCCACCGACGGGUUCACUACUGAAGGUGAAGGUGAUGAGUCCGCCCUGGAAGAUGACGGCUCGUCUGAUGACAUGAAGCUCGGGCUCAGUGCAAUUGAGGGCAAAGGAAGGGGAGGUGGGAAGACCAAGGACUACGAGCGCUUCAAAGGCAAGCCCAAGGAGAAGUCCAAGGACAAGAACCGGAGACUGGAGCGGGAGUGCAUUGUGAUGUAA